GAAAUGUAUUUAGCUAAAACUGGCGUAUUCAUAAUAGCUAAUACUUUUGGUAAUGUGAUUAGCUAAUGAAAUGUAGCUGGCUACCUAGCUUGGUAGCUGAUUAUUUUUGCGUAACUGCCUGUAGCUGGCUAGCUAGCUAAGAUAAUUGUCGGAGUACUAGCGAAGUUAGCGAGAAAUAAUGAAACUAAGAUACUAGUUUAUUCGACAGCAGAGAGGAAACGUCAUUAAUGCUUAUUGAUACGCAUGGUAGUUUUGAUACAUGCUAUCUUGUACUUUGCUAUUUGCUUUGUUUUUAAAGAGCUCAUGCGCGCUUGCGUUGCCACGUCGGCUUCUAUAAAAUAUGUUUAGCACAGUUCUGUUUCACCCUAACAUGACCGCUCGCUGUUCUAAGGAGUACAAUUCCUCUACGGAUAUUUGAUCAAUUGGAACGAACUGCAGCAAACCUACCGAGGAGGAUGAAAUUGUCACCUGAUCAUUUAGAGAAUGUUUACUUUAUCGAGGGGAAACCAACGUGAACUUGCCCGGCAGAAGAAUGCUAAGAAGCAGACUGAGCACAGCAAGGGCAGAAAAGAUGAUGGCCUCUCUGCUGCUGCUCGCAAGCAGAGGGAUGCAGAAAUUAUGCAGCAAAAACAGAAGAAAGCAGGUCAGAAGACGGAUGAUAAAGCUAAAUAACCGAGGAGGAACAUUGUGACUGAGGAGCAUUAGUGGAAAUUCUUGGGUCUAAUAUGGUCAUGAGAAUGGAUCUUUUAUUGUAUGAAAAGGGGCGUGCUGCUGUCCUCUUUUCUUUUAUCCCAUUCUGUAGUCCACAUCAUGUUUGAGACUGACACACGGAGAAAGCUAUUGUCUCAUUAAAUUUGCAUGAUAUUUCUCAGAUGCAGGCCUUAUGAGGGAGAUUGCCAAUCAACAUACAGAUUGACAUUUGUAUUUUUGUAUGAAAACCCCCCAAUAAAAUGUACAUUUUUAGUUCAAUUCAAGCCAUUACAUUUUGAAUUUUUUUUUUUUUCCCCCUUGUACAUAACUUGUACAUAAGCCUAUGUGUUUCAAUGACCAAAUACAGUUUUCUGUCAGUUUUAAACCACCAAG